ACAUUGUUGUGGCGCGACGUCACCGCUAGAAGAUGAAGGCGGAGAGGCGGCCAUUACUGGAGGUUUUGUAAUUAUAAAAUCAAAGUAAAUACUGGCGGAAAGCUUCCAUGGCAAGAACCACUAAUCAGAUUUAUGAUGCUGUUCCCAUUCAGUCCAGUGGUGUUAUUUGUUCCUGCUUAUCUCCAUCAAUGGUAAGAAAUCAGUCUGAUUCCAGAUCGCCGCUUGCUAUAGCAGGCGUGAGCAGCAGCAGCAACAGCAGCAGCCACGGGUCCACUAUGGAAGGCACGGCAGCCGAAACGAGGUCCACGUCUCAAACCUCCGAACAAAGUUCAGAACAGCGGCAACAAUCAAUACGCCAGCAUCUGCAGCCACGGAAAAAAAGGCCUGAAGAUUUUAGAUUUGGGAAAAUUUUAGGGGAAGGUUCAUUCUCGACCGUUGUAUUGGCAAGGGAACAAUCCACAGGGAAGGAAUAUGCAAUUAAAAUUCUGGAAAAACGUCAUAUCAUGAAGGAGAACAAGGCACAGUACGUGAAGAGAGAGAGAGAUGUCAUGUCUCAUCUGGAUCAUCCUUUCUUUGUAAAACUUUACUUCACGUUUCAAGAUGACGAAAAGCUGUACUUUGGUCUUAGUUAUGCUAAAAAUGGGGAGCUCCUAAAAUACAUUCGCAAAAUAGGCUCGUUUGACGAGACCUGUACAAGGUUCUACGCUGCUGAAAUUGUUUGCGCGCUAGAAUAUUUACACCAGAAGGGGAUUAUUCACAGGGACCUGAAACCAGAGAACAUUUUACUAAAUGAGGAGAUGCACAUUCAAAUUACAGAUUUUGGAACAGCAAAACAAUUACCUUCAGAUAGCAAACAAGCAAGGGCAAAUUCUUUUGUAGGAACAGCACAGUAUGUUUCUCCAGAACUGCUGACAGAGAAAUCUGCUUGCAAAAGCUCUGACCUUUGGGCUCUCGGUUGUAUAAUCUACCAGCUGGUGGCUGGAUUACCACCAUUUAGAGCAGGAAAUGAAUACCUUAUAUUCCAGAAGAUUAUUAAACUGGAGUAUGAAUUUCCAGAAAAAUUCUUCCCUAAAGCAAAGGAUCUUGUGGAACAGCUUUUGUCUUUGGAACCCUCAAAACGUAUAGGAUGUGAUGAGAUGGGGGGCUACGAACCUCUCAAAGCCCAUUCUUUCUUCGAAUCCAUCACAUGGAACAAUCUUCACCUUGAAACCGCACCAAAACUUACGCCCUAUUUACCAGCUAUGUCUGAAGACGACGAGGAUUGCUAUGGAAAUUACGAUGACCUUCUGAGCCAGUUUGGCAGCAUGCAGGUAGCCCAAUCCAGCUCUUCACAGUCACUGGCCGUCCCAGAGUCGGAGCCACCGAAAAGAUCAAGCAGUAACAUUGAGCAGUAUAUCCACGACCUGGAUAACAACUCCUUCGAACUGGACCUGCAGUUUUCUGAUGAAGAGAAACAGCUUUUGCUUGAGAAGCAGACAGGUGGAAAUCAAUGGCACCAAUUUGUAGAAAAUAAUUUAAUACUCAAGAUGGGUCCAGUGGACAAAAGGAAGGGACUGUUCGCACGUCGACGCCAGCUGCUUCUCACUGAAGGACCCCACCUCUACUACGUGGAUCCUGUCAACAAAGUUCUGAAAGGGGAGAUUCCGUGGUCUCCAGAGCUGCGCCCAGAAGCCAAGAAUUUCAAAACAUUUUUUGUUCAUACACCCAACAGGACAUAUUACCUAAUGGACCCCAGCGGGAAUGCAGACAGGUGGUGCAAGAAGAUCCAGGAGGUGUGGCGGAAGAUUUACCACAGGCACCAGAAUGCUGCCGUCUAGUGGCAUGAAAAGGAAGGGUCCACCUCUACUCACUUCUGUCUUGCCAGACCUCGUUUCCAGAUAGAGAGCGGUCACGGAGCGAAGAAAGGAAGCCGUCCACCACAAUGGCCUGGAACACAGGCAUUUUAACAUCCGUUUAGGAAGGCUGUCUUCUGAAUUUUUUCUUCCUCUCUCUCUCCAAUAAUGGAAUUCAGGGUUUCUUUGCUUGUUCUGCGUGCUUUUGUUGCAGCUUCACAUGCAUAUCGUCCUGUGCGAUUUGAGGGUCUUGCUUUUGUGCACUUCUGCUCUACACUACUGCUACAGAAUACAAAAAGAUUCCACUUAUGUGUUUUUAGCAGCUUCGGUAAAUGAAUCCACACGUACACACCUCCCAAACAAUGUACAGCAGGAGCCCUGUAGUCACAAGGGUCUCUCUCUCUCUCUCAAAUAUUUCUGUGACUUUUUAAAAUUUUAUCUAAACUGUGUUUGUUAGGAGCCUUUUUAAAGUUCUUGCUAACGCUAACAUUGUUUUUGCGGGGGGCGUGGAAGCUUACUCAAGAUCUGCUGCUUGCACUUGUCCAUGACACCCUUGUUUCAUUCUAAAUCUAGAAUUGAUUGCAGGUUUACAGUGGUACUUAAAUAUAACAUUGAUCUCUGUGCAAAGUGUGCGUUCUGGGCAGGCAUUACUGUAAAUGGAAUAGAUGUAUAUUAUCAGGAAGUGGCAAGGUGAAAUAGGUCUCCAAUCACAGGAACAGUGAAACUUGUAGAAGUUUCCUGUAUGUACAACAGUACAUUUUGGACACAUUUGUUUGAGUUUUUUUUUUUUUUUUUUUGUAUAUGUCUUUUAAAACUACACUGGGAGAAUUGUAGUUCUCAAGUUGAGACCAAUAAUAAGGAUAUGCUUUUAUUAUUAUUAUUAUUAUUAUUAUUAUAUUCUUUACCGUGUUCUUUAUCCACAAAACAACAUUACAAUCAAUACAGACCUGUAUAGAUAGCACGGGCUUAACACAUGUGUACUACUUCUUCAAAAUCUAUACGAACAGGCAAGCAGAGAAAGUAGUUGUCAAAAGUAGACUAAUCGAAAAAAAAUGUUUAUUGGUGCAAUACAGUGCUGAAGUGGGCUAAUAAAUAAGGCAAUUCCUAUUUUCACGUUUAAUCAAGGAUUUGCAUUCUAGUGCUUUUCAUUGUUCUGUGCAUCACCACAAACCCUGUUUUAGCCCACGCUCUAUUUUAAGCCUCCACGAAGAGUCUCCGGCUGCAAUGUUCUUGCAAGCCAGUCAGUCUGCCGUGAAUUUCUGUGUGACUUGUGUUUUAUAGAAGCAGCCGCAGAUUAUGUAGUCCACGUGUUUGGAUGUCUGCAGAAGCCGUGAAUUCUAAGCAGUAGAAAUUGCUGUAUCUGUCUAUUAAGAUUAGCAAGUGCAGGAAGAGUUUCAUUCUCUUGCUAUAGUACAGUUUGUUUUAUUUCUUUUUUUUUUUUUAAAUCAGGUUGGCAAGUCGGUUACAGUGUGUGUUUAAUACUCUACCUGGUUUUGUAGCCGACUAGAACUGUGAUGUACAGACAACGUAUAAUUCAAAUCCGAAGCAAGUAAUGCAAUGAUAUUAGGAUACACACUUUUUGUAUUUUUAUUCUUGUAUAAGGUUAUUUGCCGGCUAUUUUUAGCCGCUAGUCCAUUCUGUGUUAUUUAAGUUCUAAUAUAUGAAUUAUUAUAUUUGGAUUGAAGUCAUGUUCAGGGGCCAUGUUGUGUAUGUAUUGAUGUAAAGCCUUUGAAUGUGAAUAAUUAUUGUAAACUAUGAUAUUUUACAACUUGUUUUUUCUCUCGCUUUAUUAUAUAUAUAUGUUCUAUUUGGUCAGUGAUUUUAAUCAUAUUUCUCAUAAUUUAAUGAAUCUGUUCAUUCUCUUUCUGGUAUUUGUGGUUAGGUGUAGUUAUUGAAUGAUGAUUUUUCCACGUAAUGCUUAAUAGUCCUGUAAUAAAAGCAUGUAGGGGUCUAGGCAUACAAUAAAAA